UACAUUACCCACAAUCCCCAGCGAGCGGCAGUUCCUUCCUAAACAUGGCGGCUUCAACUCCGACGUCGGACAACAGUCCAAACAUCCCCGAAUACGAAUACGGCAACGCGAAUUCCACAACGUUUCACAUAGACUCGUUGAGGAAGGAGUGGCUGAGUAGACUCAAGCCGUCCGACUACUCCCACCGGGCCGACGACGAAGACGCGUUUCACGCCAACUUUGCUCACGAGAUGGGAGUCAGCGUGGACAUGAUGCGGGCGCUGAAAGAAGUCUGCAGCACCGAGGCGCUUCGUUGCCAUCCCGAGGACCAGCAGCCUGACCCAGAAGUCGUACCAGAGGACCCCACGUUGAAAACGCUCGUUGAAAGGAAGAAGAGGCAAGAUUACAAAUCCUCCCUAAAAAUCAGCAAGAACAGACACGACCUCUACGCAGAUGAGCAGGAGCGACUGGCCUUCACGAUGAAACCCGAGGCCGUGGAAAAUCGGGUUCCCGAAGGAGACGUCAUUCUGACGAUCAAUGUCUACUACCCGGCCACUUUCGAAAAGUUCUGCUACGUCCGACCCCACGUGACGCUACUGUUGCUGGGCUCCCAAAGCUUGACGGAGCUGCGGGACGCCAUUUGCUGCAUCAGCGACUUGCAGGUGUGCGGCGAGUUCAGCGACACGCCGGACGUUGCGCCGGACUUCGUCAGCAAAGACCACUACAAGUCUGCUUACUUUUUCUUCGAAGGGGUGUUCUAUAACGACAUGCGCUACCCGGAGUGCUGCGACAUCAGCCAGACCACGAUCACAUGGGUCAAGGCCAACAACUUCCCCUCGUAUUCCCAGGCCAAGAUGGAGGACACGAAGCUGGUGGAUCUGAAGGUGAAAGUGGGCUUCCCGUACCUCUACUGCCACCAGGGCGACUGCGAGCACAUCGUCAUCAUCACGGACGUCAGGCUUACACACAAGGACGACUGCCUGGACCGGAAGUUCUACCCGCUGCUAACACACAAACACCGGGUCUCUACGCAGAAGUGCGCCGUUUGCUACACCUUCAUCGCCAGGUGGUGCACCACUGGCGACCAGUUCGCCCCGAGUCACCCAUGUCUGUUUUGCGACAAGUGCUUCCGCAUGCUGCACUACGAUGCUGACGGCAACAAGCUGGGAGACUUUCUGGCCUAUCCCUACGUGGACAGCGGCGCUUUCAACUGAUGGAGUUUUUCUUCACUCGAUGUGCUUAUUACUCCAUAUGUUCAUAGUUGUGGCGACAGGCUGACUUCCUGUGUUGUACAGUUUUAUUUAUAUUUCUAAGAGACUCUUAAUAAAGUUAAGACUUUGAAA